AUGGAGAACGCCGAGGGGCCGUCCCCGGACUCCGGUGAUCACGCGGCACCGGUUCAGGAUGGCAAUGCCCAAACUACACCUGGGCACAAUUCGCGAAGGCCAAACCUUUCUUUGCAAAUACCAUCUAGGACCUUGGAUACCAGUGUACCUACUUCGACAAGAGUUACUAUAUCCCCCAGCCCCAGUUCAACGAGAGUGGGUUUGCCACCGAGACCUAAUUCAACGAGAACAAAAUCAUCUAUCAAGAACAUCAAUCCUCAGAACAGUUUCAGAGCAAGGAGUUCAGCCCAGGAAGGUGAUCGAGUGGUCCUUCUAAAUCCUGGGACGUCAUCUGAAGGGCAGCAGGAUAACCCAACCACAGCAAGAUCAUUUUCUUUUAGAAAGGUCAUUAGCUCAUUAUCGGCAAAAAGGACCCAUUCUCUUCCAGUCACGCCUGUAGGAACUACUGACAAGGCUGCAUCUCCUGCAAAUCAAUUAGAUACCCUGCCAACUACAUCUAAUGAAGGAGUUGAAGCAAAAAUUAGGCGUUCACUUUCAGUACCAGGAAAUCGCAAAAACAGAAGUUUGAGGAGGGCAGAUUCAAUAGGCGUCAUCCGUGUGAUUCCAACAACCCCACGACCUGUGCCAGUCGAUGCAACCACAUCGAACAAUGUAAUUGAAGAAACAAUCGAUGUCCCUGAAGAUGGAGGUGAAGAUAUUCCUGAAGAAGAGGCAGUCUGCAGAAUUUGUUUUGUUGAGCUCAACGAAGGAGGGGAAACACUUAAAAUGGAGUGCAGCUGCAAAGGAGAACUUGCCCUUGCACACCAAGAUUGUGCUGUCAAAUGGUUUAGCAUCAAGGGAAAUAAGAUAUGUGAUGUCUGCAAACAAGAAGUUCAGAAUCUGCCAGUGACGUUACUGAGAAUACCAACUCAAACUGCAAACAGGCGGGUAGCAAAUGCUGCUCAGCAGAGAGCAGCUCAACAAUACAGAUUUUGGCAGGACAUUCCAAUUCUGGUGAUGGUUAGCAUGCUUGCGUACUUCUGUUUCUUGGAACAACUUCUGGUUACUAAUUUGCAGUCACAUGCACUGGCAAUUUCAUUGCCUUUCUCAUGCGUGUUAGGCCUCCUUUCUUCAAUGAUAGCAUCAACUAUGGUGUCGAAGAGCUAUCUAUGGGCCUAUGCUUCAUUCCAGUUUGCUAUCGUUAUCCUGCUUGCUCAUAUCUUCUACAAUGUGUUGAGAGUGAAUCCAGUCCUUGCAGUCUUACUCUCCUCAUUCACUGGGUUCGGUAUUGCUAUUAGUACGAACUCUCUGCUAGUAGAGUAUUUGAGGUGGAGAGCUAGGAGGAAUCACCGUGUGGCUCAGCAGGCUGCCAAUGCUGCACAGCAUCAAGAAUCUGGGAAUGAUGGUGCAAAUGACAACGAUGGUUCUCAGCAAGGGCACGAUCCAAAUUCUGGGAACAAUGCUAUUAUGAAAUGUUAUGGGUGUGAACAGCUGUCUGUACACAAUCAAAUUCAUUUUCCCACUCCUUUCUCUGCAUCAGUAAAUUGCGGUUGCGGAUUCCUCUCCUGCGCGGCACAAGCUGAGUCCUAUCCCUAUCCGCCCCCUGUUGCAGCCUUGCGGAAGGCAAUGGUGGGGUUCGGAUGGAGAGUCGGCUCAAAGUUGCAGAGAUGGGGCUGGAGCUGCCUCCGGGGUUUCUCUUCUGCUGCAUUUCCGUCUCAGCUGGAGAAUGUCGGAUUCAUCGGACUUGGGAACAUGGGUUCCCAUAUGGCAAGGAACUUGAUCACGGCUGGAUACAAAGUGACUGUUCAUGAUAUAAAUGAAAAUUCAAUGAAGAAAUUCUCAGACGAUGGAAUCCCCACAAAACAGUCUCCACUUGAAGUAUCAGAGUCGAGUGAUGUCAUAAUUACCAUGCUUCCUUCAUCUUCUCAUGUUUUAGAUGUAUACAAUGGACCCAAUGGCUUGCUUUUUGGGGGCGAACGCCUGGGACCAUGGUUAUACAUAGAUUCAUCAACAGUUGAUCCACAAACAUCAAGAAAGAUAUCGACAGCCAUAUCAAGAUGCCAUUUAAAAGAAAAGAAAGGUUACGCUGAAAGCCCUAUGAUUCUGGAUGCUCCAGUGUCCGGAGGUGUUCCUGCUGCAGAAGCUGGCAAGCUAACUUUCAUGGUGGGUGGUCUUGAGGAAGCAUAUUUAGCAGCCAAGCCCUUACUUCUCGCAAUGGGGAAAAAGGCAAUCUACUGCGGUGGGGCUGGAAAUGGCUCGGCUGCAAAGAUAUGUAACAACAUGGCAAUGGCAAUCAGCUUGCUUGGGGUCUCCGAGGCCUUGGCUCUUGGUCAGAAUCUUGGGAUCAAAGCAACCACUCUUACAGACAUUUUCAACUGUUCAAGCGCUCGCUGCUGGAGUAGCGAUACAUAUAAUCCAGUUCCUGGAGUUAUGGAAGGUGUACCAUCAUCAAGGAACUAUAGCGGUGGUUUCACUUCCAAACUAAUGGCUAAAGAUUUGGACUUGGCCAUGGCUUCUGCAUCUGGAGUUGGCUUCAAAUGCCCUAUGGGUUCCGAGGCACUUGAAAUUUACCGAAAGCUGUGCGAGGAUGGCUGUGAACUCAAAGACUUCUCGUGCACAUUCCGACAUUACUAUGCUGGCAAGGAUGAAGAGUGA